AUGUUCAUAUCUGGAAUCAGACUGUUUACUCCUUGCCUUGGGAGAACCAGCAGUCCCAAAGACAUAGUAAAGUAUGAGCAGCUUAGCUUAAAUUUUAUGACUCUUGGUGAUUUAGGUUACCUGGCUGAUACACAACUCAUGCAAAGGCCUCUUGCAAUAUCUGGUGGCCAACAGGAGAGUGGUGCCUAUAAGUGGGAAAAAUGUGAGACACCUCUUGGUAAAUGCUCUGUAGGAAGCCAGCCGCUUAUUAAGCACAAGCAGUACCAUUCAGAAGAUUUAGUCAUUGGUGGCAUUUCUUCUCAAAUUUACAUGAUGUCUGAAAAAGUAACAUUCACAAGGAAUCCAUCAGAUGAACUGGUUGAUGAUUUCAUGUUCCAUAUGCAAAACUACCAGCACAUCUUGGCUUUGGAACUUGCAAUCAAAGAAAUCAAUGAAAAUGCCUGGAUCUUGCCUAAUAUCACCCUCGGUGUCCACGUCUCCAAUAGCUAUGUCCUGGCAAGAUGGAUCUAUCUCGCUUCCAUGGAGCUCCUCUCUACCAAGGGAAGGUCCAUCCCGAACUACAAGUGUGAUCUCAAGGACAAUGUAAUAUCUGUGAUUGCAGGACAUAAUGCUUACAUUGGCCAGUUCAUGUCAAAUAUUCUGAGCAUUUACAAGAUGCCACAGCUCAUAUAUGGUUCAGCUGCAGGAAUGGAUGAGGACAUAGAAGCUGCUUUCUUCCAUCAGUUAUUUCCAAAUGAAGACCUUCAAAUUAUGGGGAUCAUCCAACUGUUGCUUCACUUCCAGUGGAAAUGGAUUGGGCUCAUUGUCCAAAACCCUGAAAAAGGAAAGAGGUUUAUACAGAAUAGGCUUGAUAUAUUUUCCAAGAAAGGAAUCUGUUUUGACUUCAUGGAAGAAAUGCCAAAGGAAUCUGUUACCAAUGACAUUGAGGUUCAACUUAAUGGCUAUGUUAUGAUGUACAUUGUUAUUAUGAGAAGUACUGUCAACGUUGUGAUCAUAUAUUGUGAAAAUGAGGACAUGCCUGUUUUUAGAAUGUUUCCUUAUAUUUCCGAAUAUGAGGACAUGCCAAUGAAGAGAAAAGAUAAAGUGUGGAUAAUGCCAGCACAGAUGGAAUUCACAUCACUCCCCUUUCAAAGAAAUACGGGUCUGGAAUUCAUCCAUGGGGCACUAUCGUUGGCAGUUUCCUCAAAGGAGAUAUUAGGGUUUAGGAAAUUUAUUCAGAUGAGAAAGCCGACUUCUGAAGAAGAAGACAGUUUGACAAGACUGUUUUGGGAACAUGCAUUUGAAUGUUCUUUCGCAAAUGCUAUGUUAGAUGAGGACAGUGGCAAGGCAUGCACUGGUGAGGAGGCACUGGAGACCCUUCCUGAAUCCGUGCUUGAAACUAGUUUAACUGGGCAAAGUUACAGUGUCUACAAUGCCAUCUAUGCACUGGCCCAUGCUCUGCAAGCCAUGCUUUCAUCCAAAGCCAAACGCAGAAAAAAAGGAAAUGCUUGGGAUCUCAGAACCCUAAAUCAAGAGUUGUGGCAGCUUCAUAGGUAUCUGAGAACUGUUUCAUUCAACAACAGUGCUGGAGAAAUGGUUUCCUUUGAUGAAAGAGGAGAACUAGCAACUGGAUUUCAUAUUGUCAACUGGGUCACAUUCCCCAACCAGUCGUAUCAUCGAAUCAAAGUUGGAAACAUCGCUCCAAUGGCUCCCCCAGACAAGCUUCUUACUAUUUCUGCAGAGGAAAUAAUCUGGCCCACCAUGUUUAACCAGAUGUGGCCCCUUUCUGUUUGCAAUGACAAGUGCUCUUCUGGUUAUAGCAGGAUAAAAGUAGAAGGGAAGCCAUUCUGCUGCUACGAUUGCCUUCGUUGUCCUAAAGGAAAGAUUGCAAACCAAACAGAUGCAGAUGACUGUCUUCAUUGUUCAGAAGAUAAAUUUCCAAACAAAGCUCAAAAUCUUUGUAUUCUGAAGAGUGCAAAUUUCUUGUCCUAUGAAGAGCCAUUGGGAAUCGCCUUGGCCACUGUUAGUCUCUCCUUUUCUUUCAUCACAGCCUUGAUGUUCGGAAUCUUCAUUAAACAGUGGGACACCCCCAUAGUCAAAGCCAACAACAGGAACCUCACCUACACUCUUCUCAUUGUCCUCCUGCUCUCUUUCCUUUGCAGUUUGCUCUUCAUUGGGCAACCUAAUUGGGUGACAUGUUCCUUGAGGCAAACUGCUUUUGGCAUCAUCUUCUCUGUAGCCCUUUCUUGCAUAUUGGGGAAAACAACCAUUGUGGUUCUUGCUUUCAUGGCCACCAAGCCAGGUUCCAAAAUGAGGAAAUGGGUGGGGAAAAGGCUGGCUAACGCUAUUGUCCUUCCUUGCUCCCUGGUGCAAGUCAUAAUUUGUGCUGUGUGGUGGGCAAUUUCUCCCCCAUUCCCAGAUGCAGAUCUUUACUCCAUGGCUGAAGAAAUUGUCCUGCAAUGUAAUGAUGGUUCAACCACCAUGUUUUAUACUGUCCUUGGCUUUAUGGGGUUCUUGACUGCUGUCAGCUUCACGGUGGCCUUCCUAGCUAGGAAGUUACCUGAUAGCUUCAACGAAGCUAAAUUUAUCACCUUCAGCAUGUUGGUCUUUUGCAGUGUCUGGAUAUCAUUUGUUCCCGCCUACCUAAGCACCAAAGGCAAAUACAUGGUGGCGGUGGAGAUCUUCUCUAUUUUGGCUUCUGCAGCUGGAUUACUGGGCUGCAUCUUUUCCCCCAAAUGCUAUGUGAUUGUGCUGAGGCCAGACUUGAACAAAAAGGAACAACUAAUAAAGAGAGAAAAAUGA